AUAAACUUAAAACUCGGUACCUUCGCAGGUAUCAUGGGAACGUUCAACCUCGUGGUGUAGCGUUGAGACAGUAUUGAUGGUAAACACAGCAAGCCCGCGCAAAUGGCUUCGUAUUACAAAGUAUUGUUGGCACUUGUGAUAGUCCAACUUGGUUACGGUGGAUAUGGCGUGAUAGUUGCCAAGUUUGCCAAGAGUCAAAAUGUUAACCCUGUGUUAUUUGCUUUGACAAGACUUGGCGGAGCGUUUCCUGUUCUUCUUUUGACAUCCGUGAUAUUUGAACAAGGUCUUCAGAUACCAAAGCCAAAGGAAGCUGGUCUAUUUCUUCUUCUUGGCCUAACAGGAAGCUCACUGAGUAUCCUCUUUUGCGUGCUCGGUAUCCGUUUUACCAAUGCAAAAGUGGCCACCAUCUUCCAGUCGGCGAUGCCUGUGUGGACAGCCUUGCUGGCCAUCUUGACGCGCAUAGAGCCCCGCCCUGAGUUUACCCGGAUGGAAGGGUGGACACGCAUCUUCGGUAUCGUGCUCGCGUCAACUGGUGCCAUCACAAUGAUGUUGUUCAGCAGCGUGAGGGACGCAGUCAAAGACUUCCUGCAUCCUACAUACGGGGACAUCAUCGGCUACUGCUUCUUGCUUGGAAACACGCUAUGUAUGACGGCCUAUGUUUUGAUUCAGAAAAAAUUUAUCUUCAACAACGAGGAAUCGCCUUGGAAAAAUAAGCCCAUUGGUGUGACUGCGUGGAGCUACCUCGUGGGUGCGACCACUAUGGCCAUGGCGGCAAUGUACUGUCUAAGUAGACCUGGGAACUUAACCUAUGUAGUAGGAGAGCAAGUCUACUCAGUUCUGUACGCAAUAUUUAUCGCCUCGUUUCUAUGCGACAUGUUGAUUACUUGGUGUAAUAUGCAUAUCUCGUCGUCCGUGGUUACGGCCACGUGGCCGCUCCAGGUUCUAGUUAGCGCGGUAUUGUCUUAUAUUGUGUUAGACGAGUUGAUGAACACUGUUCAGAUUGUAGGCGGAGCACUCAUCAUGUUCGGUUUGAUAAGCGUCGUAUGGUCGAAUUAUCGGACAGAGCAGGAGAAAAAGGAGAACGCGCUGUUUGCGCGAGGCAUCAGUUCACUAGAGGGUAGGGAGGAGGUUUUCCUUCCACUAGAGGAGACUGGGGAUAUAUCGAAUAAAGCAAAGUAGAGAUCUUAGAAUGUUACGGUAGCAGAACCCAUCAUCUAGCUGGGCUAGUUCAAAGACUGUGAAUUGUUUUUUUUUAGAGAUAAAAGACAUCACCGCAAAAACGAAACAGAUUUAAAUAUCAAAUAGUAUUAAAUUUUAUAGUUGUUUUCAUUAACCUUUGUAAACAUAUAGCAUUCUACUUUACAAGCUAAAGGCCCUUUGUUUCU